AUGUCAAGUAAAUUUCAUGUAUCCGACUCUGUUGAGACUUCUAAACCUACUCCAAAGGAUUCCGGCAUCAUAUCGGACCCAAACCAAAUUGCUCAAUCUGCUCCCAUCACUUCAGAACCUUCAAUUAGCUUUGAUAACGCAACCCACAUCACUAUUCAACUUCCUGAUGGAAUGCAGGAGUCCACACUUAGCCAACAACAGUUAUGCGAUUUAGUUUUGCAGCUUUCGCAAAGUGGCCAGAUGGAUCACCGCGAGUACAGGAAAAUUGUGACCGAUGUACGUGUUUUACUUACCUGGUCGCCUCUUUAA